GUAAAAAUGCAAACAAGUAUGCUUUGUUUAAAAGAUCCCAUAAAAAUUCCCUUUAAAUGAAUUUUAAAUCAUUUUUAAUGAGUAAGACUAGAAAAUAAACAACAAAAUUUUGUUUUUUAAAAAGACCUGCUUUUGAUAAUUGCCUUACUUUGAAAAAAACCUAUAUAAUGAGUUUCUGCCACACAUAAUUUUAAAAUACACCAAAAUUAAAAAAAAUGUUCGCUGUGUCGCGACUUCUUUGUUUCACAUCAUGGAACAGGAUUUUAAAAUCACGCAUGAUAUAUCAAGAAACUAUAAAGCGACAGUUUAACGACAAACUUUCAGAAAAAGGAAGAGGCGAGGAACUUAACUAUUUCCUUAAGUUGGGCAAGGAGCAAUUCGAAAGACUUAGAAUGAACAGGUUAAAGGAAAUCGCCAUUCAUAUUAACGAACUGGAAGCGGAAAUAAAAAAAAUGGAAACAAAAACCAGUCGAAAAUCACAGAAAACGAGGGAGAAGCUUGCAAAGGAAAUAAGGGAGUUGAAAGAAAUGCUAGAAAGGUUCAAAAAAUCUCUUGAAAAAAAAGAUCAAGAAUCUUAA